AUGUCGACGAUGACGAUGGCGUGCGAAGCGUGCUACGCGCGCACUAUCGAGUGUAUACGAAAUAGAACCUCUGAGAGAUGCAAUGCUUGCAUUCAGACCCGCCAGGCCUGUUCUCCGACCCUUGGAGCCACCGAUCCACAGUUGGCAGCGCGCGCUUUCAUCCCACACGAAGUCGCCAAUCAACGCAUACUUGCUCCCGGCACCACACGGUCGACAAGCCAAUAUCCUGCUCACCAGUCUCAAAUCCAACAUUCUGCUGGCGUCGUGAGCCCUAAGGUGAACGGCGACGAUGGAAACGACAUUGAGCAAACAGUCGCUCGCCUGACUCGUCUACAACGCCUAAUCAACAGACUUAUUCAUCCGGUGGUGAAACUACAGAGAGCCACCAAGGACUCACUAGGCGGCUCUCGGGCUUUUUCACCGCGCAAUUUUGAUCCAGCGUCUUCUCCAGUUACACAAGCGGGUGGUUCCCCGCGAUCAAUCACGGACCGCGCGUCGUCUGCCUCUCAUAGGACACCUAUUCAACCACAGAGCCCGACGUCAAGUCUUUUCGAGAGCGUAGACGUCGACCUCGAAGGUAGACAAAGACCUUUCGGGUAUCUGGCUCAAGACGUGGAUGCUCCCACUCGCCCGGUAUCACUAAAAGAGCCUGCCACCUCUUCUCCGUGGACAAUUCGAGAGAGAAACCUCACGGGCUACGUGCGCUUGCGCUCAUUGCACAAAGUCUACGAUGGUCCAUAUUCGGCCGUCUUUCAAGGUAUCUACAAGGACGGGGACGAAGAAAAAGACGUCGCCAUAAAGAUCGUUCGAGCCGUCGGGUCUCCUCGUUCCAUACGGCGGAGAAGAUGUCGUGAAGUCACGACAGGAAUGAGUAUCCACCAUCCCAAUAUCCUCCCGGUAUACGGCAUUGUCGAGGGCGAGGAGUUUGGCCCGUUUGGCGGAAUCAUCACACCAUGGUGUCCAAAUGGCAAUGCUGCGCAAUUGGUCCACGAGUACAAUCUUUCACCACUGGAAAGAUAUCGUCUGUGGCGAGGUGUGGUGGAUGGACUUGCUCAUCUACAUUCGCAUUCACCGCAGAUUGUACACGGAGACAUGAAACCGCCCAAUGUUCUGAUUGCCAAAGAUGGAAGGCCGAUGAUUUGCGACCUCGGGCUUGCACGAAUCUUGGUCGAUGAGACCUCAUUCUCGAGCGACGAAUACGCUAGCGACGAAGAUCAGUCAUGGAUGCGUAAAAUCAAUACCACAACGCCGCAUUCUGGAACACCUCGAUACCUCGCUCCCGAACAGGUUGAUCUAAACCGUCCUCUAAACCUACGGCAGCGGCAGACGUACGCAGUCGGGUGUAUCGGGUUCGAGGGCCAAAUCUUCCAUGAUAUUCGUCGCGGCAUCCUCCUGCUCGACUCGACGACCUCACACUCACCCAAAACUAGUCCAUUGUCGACCCCGGUCGAUGGUGUGAGUCUUCUAUGGGAUAUACUGGAGUGGUGCUGGCGUCGUGAUCCUUCUUCUCGCCCGAUGGCAUUGCGUCUAUGCGAGUUGUUGGCCAGUUACGAAGAUGCGAUUGUCAGUGCGCUCGAGCGCCAAACCUAA